CUUCCUGUUCAUUGACUCGUAAUACCGCCGGCGUGGUCUCAGCGUGCGCGUGACCGCGGCGCCGUGCUCGGCCCCGCGCGCUGACGUGGCGGCGGCGGUGAGAUGGAGGCGGCGGCGCUGAUCGGGGUCUCGCUGUUCCUGGGCGCCCUGGUCCUGCUGCUGCUGGCGGGGCUGGGGCGGGGCUCGCCGCGGGAGCCGGGCACCGGGGAGCCGGCCGACCAGAAAGUAAAUGGGGAAGCAGUAAGACAGACAUCGGGACUAAAGAGACAGAAGCAGCACCAACGAAGCCGCAAGGAUAAGCCCCAGCCACACAACUUCACACAUCCACUCCUAGCUGCUGCUCUCAAGGGUCACAGUGGGAGCGUAACCUGCCUCGACUUCAGUAGCAAUGGCAAGUACUUGGUGUCCUGCGCUGAUGACCGCACUGUCCGGAUCUGGAGCACCAAAGACUUCCUGGAGCGUGAGCACCGCUGCAUGCGAGCCAAUGUGGAACUGGACCAUGCCACACUGGUCUGCUUCAGCCCAGAUUCCAGAGCCUUCAUCACCUGGCUGGCAAACGGAGAGACCAUUCGUGUCUUUAAAAUGACCAAGAAGGAGGAUGGCAACUUCACUUUCACUGCAGCCCCUGAGGACUUCCCAAAGAAGCACAAAGCCCCCAUCAUCAACAUCGGAAUUGCCGAGACAGGGAAGUUCAUCAUGACAGCUUCCAGCGACACAACCAUCCUGAUCUGGGACCUGAAAGGUGAAGUCCUGGCCAACAUCAAUACUAACCAGAUGAACAACGCCUUUGCAGCUGUAUCUCCUUGUGGGCGAUUUGUAGCAUCGUGUGGUUUCACCCCUGAUGUGAAGGUAUGGGAGGUGUGCUUUGGCAAGGGAGGAGACUUCCGGGAGGUGACCAGGGCCUUUGAGCUGAAGGGCCAUUCUGCUGGUGUGUACUCCUUCUCCUUCUCCAAUGACUCCAGACGGAUGGUGACCGUUUCGAAGGAUGGCACAUGGAAGCUGUGGGACACAGAUGUAGAAUACAAGAAGCAACAGGAUCCUUAUCUGCUCCUGACAGGGAAAUGUGAAGUGAUGGAGCCUUGUCGCAUUGCUCUGUCCCCUGAUGCUCGUGUGCUGGCCGUCUCUAGCAGCACCAGCAUCACUGUGUACAACACCCGGAGGGGGGAGAAGGAGGAGCACUUUGUCAACGUCCAUGGAGAGUACAUCACGGACUUGGCCUUUGACAUUAACAGUCGCUACCUUGUGUCGUGUGGGGACCGGGCCAUCAGGGUGUUCCAUAACACGGCGGGUUAUCGGGCUGUUGUGGAAGAAAUGAAAGGCAUGCUGAAAAAAACUACUAAUGAGGCUACUAGAGAGAGACUGCAGCAGCAGAUCACAGAUGCCCAGAAUGCGCUGGACAGUAUCUAUGCCAAGAAGGAUUAAACUUCUCUGGGAACUGGGUAUGUGCAGACUCCUCCAGGUCAGGGAGCCUUAUGCUGUGUGGUGGGUUUUUAAUAACUGAAUGAGUUGUAAUAAAAGAGUUUACUGACAGCCUGA